GAUACUUUGUCAUUAUAUCUUGGUAUUCUGUUAAUUCUUAGCACUUUACGCAUAGCCAAGGGAGCUUUAAAUAAUUCGGAACCAACAAGGAUUUACCAAGUAGAUUUGGAACGAGCCAUCGAUAAUAUUGUGAAUGUGGAGUUGGCUAAGGUGCCAAUUUUGACCGGAAACAAGCUAAUAGUUCUACGGAACUUUGUUACGCCUUUCAACUUUCUUAGGCCUCUAAACGAAAUCGGCAGAUUGUGGCUAAAAAAUCUGUACAAUACCCUGGAUUUACAGAGAAAACAUGGUCAAGCAAUUCUAGAACCUGAAUGCAAGGACUCUCUUAAAAGUUAUAUAAGAGAUGAUUCGGGCCCUCCCGACUUUACCAAUUAUUUGUGGCCUGCUGCUGCUGCUGCCCCUUUGCCCCAAGGUGUCUGCCCAGGCAAAUGCCAAAGAGGUGAGUCUCUACGACGACACCGACAAUGUGGAGAUGUUGGACGUCGAAUCGCUGAGGCCGGCUCUGUACCAGAACACCCACUGCAAGCUGGUCCAGUUCCUCAACUCCUUCUGCGGCGACUGCCAGCGCUUUGCCCCGAUCUUCAAGGUCUUGUCCCGAGACCUCUACAAGUGGCGAAGGCUUCUCCGGAUCUACGGCGUGGACUGUGCCCAGGAGCGCAACUCGGCGCUCUGCAGGGAUUACAACAUUAGACAGACGCCCACGCUGCGAUUUUUUAGACCCGACGUUACAAACACAACGAUUGUCUACGGAACAGAUAUUUUCACGAAGAAUCCUGACUUCAUCAACAAUAUUACGGCGAAUUUAAUAUCCCGGAAUGAUUACGGACCCGGCCAGCCCAACUUCCUUCCUCUAAAACCGGGUGAAACUGCAGAGAGUCUUUUCCAGAGUUACCAGGAUGCACAAAGCCCGGUCAAGUUCUUUGCCGUUGUCCUUCAGGAACCUUCUCGCCCAGACCAUCCAAUCAAUAUUGGCAGGAACACGCUGCUGGAUCUGCUGCCCUACAAGGAAGUGGCAGUGCGGUACGCUGAGCAGCCCGACAUUUUCGCCAACUUUGGCCUGAAACCCUCCAAUGAGAAUUUGGCCAUCUUCGGCAAGGACGGAAGUGCUCAGUACCUGACUUCUUCUGCGGACACAAGUGAAGCCUAUGUCCAGGCUGUUGGGGAGUUCCUUGAAAAGCAGAACAUAAAGCCAGAACCUCCACUGCCCGCCCCCAAAGAGAAGAACGACGGAUCCUUCUUGGACAUUCAAAAACAGGCUAUUCUUGCCGAGGUCCUUAAGCCACCAGAAAGAGUCUAUCGAGCAGAUUUGGAACAGGCCAUCGAUAAGAUUCUUCACGUGGAGCUCCAGAAAUGGGUGUCCAAUGGAGAAGGCUAUUAUCGCGCUUUGACAAACAUUAUCACGGUGAUUAGCGACCUUAACCCUUUGAAUGAGGACGGAAAAGUUCUGCUGACCACUCUGCGCAAAGAAUUGAGCACCAAACAAACAAUAAAGGGAUCCGACCUCAAAACUCUGGUUGCCAACUCAGAAGAUGGCCUGGGGAUUUUCAAGGCCAGGCGCUACAUUGGCUGCAUUGGAUCGCGUCCGCUCCUGCGGAGCUUCACCUGCUCCCUGUGGACGUUGUUCCACUACUUGACCGUGGAGGCAGCCAAGCCGCCGCAGCUCCAGCCACCGGGUUCAGUUCUAAACGCCAUUCUGGGGUACGCCAGGUACUUCUUCGGCUGCACCGAUUGUGCCGUGCAAUUCCAGCAGAUGGCCAUUCGCCGGAACUUGACCUCGGUGAAGAGCUACGACGGGCAGAUCCUCUGGCUCUGGGCAGCCCACAACGAGGUGAAUCAGCGCAUCGCCGGAGACCCCAUCACCGAGGACCCCAAGUUCAAGAAGAUUCAGUUCCCCAGCUCCGAGAACUGUCCCCCUUGCCGGGACAGCAAUGGGGAAUGGGUGAACGAGGAGGUCUUGAAGUACUUGAAAAGCUUGUAUGACAAAAAGAACCUGAGCUUCUACGGUCUUCCCACCACAAUGGGAUACGACUAAGUCGAGGAGGAAUACUGCUCCCACAUUUCAUAAAAUACAUUGUAUUAUCCUUACUUUCACUUCGUGGUUGCUCUAUAGUAAAACUAAAUAUAUCACAAGUUAUGAAUUCAA